AUGGCGUUGAUCUCCGAAUUGCUCCAAAGCCCAUACUUUCUCCAAGGCAUCGCUGUGUCCUUGCUUUUGGUGGUUGUGUCGAACUUUUAUCGGAAGCUUGUGGAUGGCUUUCCCUACCGGAACAUACCCCUUGUUGGGAGGAGCAGAUGGGAAAUCACUAACAGCAAAGCCAAAGAGCGCUUCGUGGCGUCCGCGAAAGCCCUCUUUGCACAAGGCUUCAGCCAGGGCAAGACUGUCUUUCAAAUGAUGUUCUCUCACUCUCCCAUGAUCGUCCUGCACCCGCGGUACAUGGAUGAGAUCAAGAGCCAUCCGCAUCUGACCUUCGACGAAGCUAAUAGGAAGGCCUUUUUUGGCGCCAAGCUUCCCGGGUUCGAGCCUUUCGGACUGGACAAGGAAGGCAUCGCCUUGGACGUCAUCAACAAAAAGCUAACUCAUACGCUUGGUAGCCUUACUAUCUCUCUUUCCAGAGAGUCCGCGGCUGUGCUCAAGGAGACAUUGCCUCCGAAAUCUGAUGAGUGGCAAUCCCUGGUCUUCGCUCAGGAGAUUCCAUACAUAGUUGCCCGAUUGUCGUCCCUUGUAUUUAUGGGAGAGAAGGUCUGCCGUGACAAGGAAUGGCUGCAUGUGUCUGUCAACUACACUAUCGACGCAUUCGGCGCUGCGCGCGAUCUCAGACUCUGGCCCUCGAUUACGCAAUCUCUGGUGCACUGGUUCCUGCCGUCAACACGAAGAGUGCGGAAGCACAUUAGCGUUGCGAAGAAGAUCGUGCAGAAGGAGAUCGAAAAGCGAGAACUGAUCCGGCAAGGCAAGCUCCUGGAAUACAGUCCUCUAAAGCCCGACGAUGCCCUCGACUGGUUCAGGGAAGUUGCUGCCGGCCGCCCGUAUGACAUGACGAAAAGCCAGAUCAGUCUUUCUCUGGCAGCGAUCCACACUACUUCCAACCUGUUGACGAACGUCAUGUACGACUUGAUAGCUUACCAAGAAUACAUCCAACCCCUCCGGGACGAGAUUGUUGCCGUCGUGAAGGAGGAAGGAUGUCUGAAGAAGACCAGCCUUACCAAGCUGAAGCUGAUGGAUAGCUUUAUGAAGGAAACCCAGCGGCUGAACCCUGUCAGCAUUGCCUCCCUCCAGCGUUACGCGCUGGCAGACAUCACUCUGUCCGAUGGCACCUUUAUUCCCAAGGGAGCAAUGCUCGUCAUCUCCGCUCACACCAUGAACGAUGAAUCCAUCUACCCCCACGCGGACACCUUCGACGGCUACCGCUUCUACAACAAACGCAAAGUGCCCGGCAAUGAGCACCGGUACCAGUUCGUCACGACGAGCAACGAGCAUUUUGCCUUUGGACACGGUCUGCACGCAUGCCCCGGACGAUUCUUCGCCGCGAACGAGGUCAAAAUCCUCCUGAUCCACCUGCUGAUGAAAUACGACUGGAAGUUUGCAGAGGACCGCGGACGUCCCCAGUCGCUCAUGCACGGCACCGAGAUCAUCUGCGACCCAAAUGUGAAGCUGCUUUACAAGGCACGAACACCGGAGAUUGAUCUAUCGAAGCUGGGGGAGUUGCCAACGGAUAGUCCGUCAGUCUAG